AUGGCUCCUUCAUCCCCUCACAAACCCAGUGACCCCCUCCUCGGCGGCCAACCAAAGCUCAACAACGAGCCGAGUUCCCCUCCGCUCUCCCCAGCAACCCAAACAGCCAUCAAAGCGCUCACUUUGAUACGUAUCGUAACCGGGGCAGCAUGCCUUGUCGCCCCACGAUUCACCUGUGCCUUGUUCAAAUACCCCGUACCCGCCGAACAAGCGCUGCUCGUCCGCAUGUUUGGCGUCAGAGACGCAAUGUUUGGAGCGCUGCUGAUUACUGCGGAGGACAAGGCAGCCCAGGAUGGAGGAAAGAGAGAAAUGAGAAGAGCCAUUUGGGCAGGGAUCGCAACGGAUGUUGUGGAUAUGGGGAGUCUAGCUCUUGGCGUCGCCAUGGGACAGGUUGGGAAGACAGCUGCAGGAUUGCUCGGGGCUGGUGCUGUGGGCGCUGUCGGAUUAGGAGCUAUAGCGUUGAGAGGACUUUGACAUGUUCAAGUAGUCCGUGUGUUGAACCCGGUAGGGACGACGACGAGUUAGUAUCGUGUAGAAUUGCUCCAAAUCUAUACAUU